AUUUUGAUGCAUCGAGAAAAGGCUAGAAGACCUCGUCGGUGGUGUGGCACUUUCACACGACAGGAGCAAAACCUUUUUUUAUAAAAUCUGUUUCUCGUGCCCUUCCUUCACGCUCUCAUGCUAUUGGUAUCUUCUUCUUCUAAUACCAGCCCACAGAUUCUCAGAGCUGCGAGAUCUCUGCUGCUUUUAGAUGACUCAUUCCUUGCUAGAGAUCUGACUCAAAUCGGAGACAAACCGCUCAAAAUGGACGCUUUUAAUCGAUUUAGGAUCUGGGUCUUGACCAUUUUCUUGAUUUUUCAAUUGGGUUAUGGGUUUUAUCUCCCGGGUAGUUAUCCCCACAAGUACGUCGUCGGAGACUUCCUAAACGUGAAAGUCAAUUCUCUGACCUCCAUUGAUACAGAAAUGCCUUUUAGUUACUACAGUUUGCCCUUUUGCAAGCCUCUUGAGGGUGUUAAGGACAGCGCCGAGAAUCUCGGAGAGCUUCUCAUGGGUGAUCGGAUCGAAAACUCCCCUUAUCGUUUCAAAAUGUACACCAAUGAGUCUGAGAUCUAUCUCUGCAAAGUCGAUGCCUUGUCUGCAGAUCAGUUCAAGCUCUUGACAAAGAGGAUUGAUGAGAUGUACCAGGUUAACUUGAUCCUGGACAAUUUGCCUGCAAUUCGUUACACCCAGAAAGAAGGUUACACCUUGAGGUGGACCGGUUACCCUGUUGGAGUUAAGAUUAAAGAUUCUUACUAUGUGUUUAACCAUUUGAAGUUUAAGGUUCUUGUUCACAAGUAUGAGGAGGCGAAUGUGGCGCGUGUGAUGGGCACUGGGGAUGCUGCUGAGGUUAUUCCGACAAUAGGGAAGGGAUCCGAUGUGCCCGGGUACAUGGUUGUAGGGUUUGAGGUGAUACCUUGCAGUACUAUGCAUAAGGCUGAUUUAGUGAAGAACUUGAAGAUGUAUGAAAAGUACCCAUCUGCUAUCAAGUGUGAUCCUACCUCUGUGUCCGUUCCUGUGAAGGAAGGGAAGCCAAUUGUGUUCACUUAUGAGAUCGAAUUUGAGGAGAGUGAUAUCAAGUGGCCAUCGCGUUGGGAUGCAUAUUUGAAGAUGGAGGGAUCCAAAGUCCAUUGGUUCUCCAUUCUCAAUUCCCUUAUGGUCAUCACUUUCCUUGCCGGUAUCGUCCUUGUGAUCUUUUUGAGGACUGUGCGGCGUGAUCUUACUAGGUACGAGGAGCUUGACAAGGAGGCUCAAGCACAGAUGAAUGAGGAGUUGUCCGGUUGGAAGCUUGUUGUUGGGGAUGUCUUCCGUGCCCCGACAAAUCCUGCCCUUUUGUGUAUAAUGGUUGGUGACGGAGUUCAGAUUCUUGGCAUGGCAGUGGUCACCAUACUUUUUGCUGCUCUUGGAUUCAUGUCGCCAGCAUCUCGUGGGACACUCAUUACCGGUAUGUUGUUCUUCUAUAUGAUCCUUGGGAUUGCAGCUGGAUACGUUGCAAUUCGUCUUUGGAGGACAAUCGGCGGCGGUGACUCCACGGGAUGGGUUUCUGUCUCAUGGCGUGUUGCUUGUUUCUUCCCUGGUAUUGCCUUUUUGAUUCUUACCACUCUGAAUUUCAUUUUGUGGGGUAGCCACAGUACUGGAGCCAUUCCAUUUUCUCUCUUUGUUAUUUUACUUUUACUCUGGUUCUGUAUUUCUGUUCCCCUUACCCUUGUUGGAGGUUACUUUGGGGCUAAGGCACCUCCCAUUGAAUACCCGGUCAGGACCAACCAAAUUCCUAGGGAAAUCCCUCCACAGAAAUACCCUUCAUGGCUGCUAGUCCUUGGUGCCGGGACUCUUCCCUUUGGUACUCUCUUCAUUGAGCUCUUUUUCAUCAUGUCUAGCAUUUGGAUGGGGCGUGUGUACUAUGUUUUCGGGUUUCUAUUCAUUGUUUUGAUCCUUCUCGUCGUGGUUUGCGCGGAGGUAUCUCUUGUUCUCACUUACAUGCACUUGUGUGUGGAGGACUGGAAAUGGUGGUGGAAGUCCUUCUUUGCUUCUGGUUCAGUUGCCAUUUACAUAUUCUUGUACUCUGUGAACUACCUUGUGUUUGAUCUCAAGAGUUUGAGCGGACCCGUCUCUGCCACUCUCUACUUGGGGUAUUCCCUCUUCAUGGUUGUGGCAAUCAUGCUCGCAACCGGCACAAUUGGGUUCCUUUCUUCAUUCUGGUUCGUGCACUACCUGUUCUCUUCUGUCAAGGUCGACUGAAGAAUCUUUCCGACGAGGAUUUGGCAACCUUGAGGAGCAGUAGUGGUUGGCCUGACUGACCAGCGGAGAAUUAACCUAAUGCAGGCGCUCUUACAAUUACAGAUGUUCUAUCAUAUCAUGUGUUACUUGUCUUUAAUUUUGAAUUUGCUAGGGAACUUAGUUGAAUGUAAUAACAAUAAUCCAGUUUUGUUGCUUCAUUCUUUAAUAGAUGGAACCUCAUGGAAAUAAAAUUUGAACUAAA